AUGCGGUUCCCAGUAGUGAAUUGUUGUAAUUACGCGAUUGCCCGCGUGGAGCGUGACAGUGGGAGCCCGACAGACGUGGAGAACCUAAUGGCCAGCUAUUGCUUCAGCGUGGUCGGUUCUACCGUCUUCGGCCUUGACUUUGAUUCCGGUGAGGGAGGCGAUGCCAAAAAAGUAUUCCUCCAAAUGAUUGACAGCUUCUUCAAACCGAAAUUCCUUAUACUAAUGACCUAUGUGCUGAGGAUGGGCUUCCCAAGGCUUGAAUGCUACUUGAGAAAGUUUCUGCGACUGGAACUCGGCACACCUGAGACGUGCAUGCGAAUUCUGGCCGACUCGAUCAAGAUGCGAGAGCGCACCGGUUAUCGGCGAAACGACUUUCUGCAGCUGAUGAUUGAUCUCAAACAUGAGGAGGAAACAAAUGAGAGUCAUCCAGGUGUGCCUAAGAGGAAAAUCAGCGAGGAGGAACAGGACUAUUCAUCCAAGGAGAUAUUCGGAGGUGCUGAUCCUCCUGCACAGAAUUUCCCUGAAAAAAUUUUCACGGACGUCAGCAUUUUUGCAAACUCUUUCCUUUUCCUUUCAAUUGGAACAAAUUCGACAUCUUGUGUGUUGAGUUUCAUGUUGUAUGAAAUUUCCAUUAACACUGACAUACAAGACAGGCUGCGAAAGGAGAUUGACUCAGUGCUGGCCGGAGAGAAUAUCACUUUCGGAUGUUUGAAGCAGUUGACCUAUAUGGACAAAGUUAUUGCAGAGACGAUGCGACUACACAUACCUACUGGAACUUUGGUGCGCAAUUGUAAGCACGACUACAAAAUUCCUGGCACCGAUAAAAUUGUGAAAAGAGGAGAAACGGUUGUGGUGAUGACCAGUGCUAUGCAUCAUGAUGAACAAUACUUCCAAAAUCCGGAGAAAUUUGACCCUGAAAGAUUUUCGGAUAUAAGAGGCAUUUCAAAAGGAGUGUACUUACCUUUCGGUUGUGGUCCAAGAAUGUGUUUUGUUGCAGCUCUCUUAUCAUACGUAUCACCCAUGCAACGGAGGUUCUUGCUCUGUAUCAUUGAGUAGUCCUUGCUACAGUGAUCUCAGCUGCUGCCAAUCUG